GCUGAACGAUCCGCCGCUUGAUGUGGCGUUGAUCGAAAAGCAGUUAGCCUACCUCGCACAGCUCGGGAUCGUAGAUGAUGUCGACUUCCCGCAGUCUCAUGGCCACACCAUGGUCCUACGCGAGACUGAGACUCGCUCGUUGCAAGGUCAUCGACCGAAGAAGAAGGCACAGUCGAUGCUACAGGUUCAUCACGGGCCUCCCCCAAUUACGCGAGAAGACACCAUCGCAAGGAUACACCCGCCGUCAGGACCGAGCGAUGCAAUCAUUAGUUUGCCAAAGCGAGGUCCUGUAUUACGACACUCCUUUCGUCAAUGGCGGCACUUCACCGUGGCUUCUCGGGCUACGAAGGUAGCUGUGCAUUCGUUCGACUGCCGCCUAGUACAACGGUCGUUCUUUCAAUGGCAUGAAGUUACUAGAAGAAGAAGGGAAAACAACUUGCGAUGCAUGGACAUGGAGACCUGGCACCUUCAGCGCAGGCUUCGAGUGUGGCACCGAUGGCAGGCCCAGCGGAUGCGACUGAGGAGUUGGUACACGAACCGCCCCAUGCUUCUCCGCCCUCGAUGCAUGCUUCGCGGCAUCCUGCUGGCAUGGCGACGACACUCCAAAACGCGGUGCUCUCGACAUCGCGGCAUGUGCAUUCUUGUCAACCUGGCCCACGCCUUCCUCAACCGGCGGGUGUUCACGCUUCUGGCCCAUCAUGCAUGGAUCCAACGGCAUCGUCGGCAACACAUCAUCGCUCCCACGUUCCACCGAUGGAACAUAUUUGCCAAACGGCAAGCCGACAUGCGGCAGUACGCGGCGGAAUGCGCGGCGUCCAUGGCGCAGCUCCGUUGCGCGAUCGCCGUGAACAAAUGGAUCAUGCAUAUCAAGCGCUACCGAGAACUGCAUCGUUUAACAACCAUGGCAACGUUGCAUCGUCAAGCUGUUUGGUUUCUGCGAUGGCGUCAAAGUCGCCAAAUUGCCCGAGCAACGGGUCGACUCUGCCAUGUCCAGAACCACGUCCGGCUAAGACGUAUCUUGGGUCACUGGACACGGCACCGUCGGCUUGCGCAUGUGAUUUCUGCGACGCUGCAUCGUUUGCACGCUCAAGUGACCAAAGUCUACUUGAAGGCUUGGCGGCAACGCACCGACGUGCAGCUGGAACGUUCUGCUAUUGUCAUCACGUUGGAAGAUUGGAGGGUUCAACGUUGCGUGGCCCAGUGGAAUGCUCUAGCCAAAGCCCAACGGCACCGCCGCGUCCUUCGCGCAGUCGCGGCGUCCUUCCAUGCCCACAAGCUCGUCCAAAACGCCUUGCGUCGGCUGGAAGCAGCCGCCCACAUCCAGUGCGUGCGCAUGCGACGUGGUGUGGACUUUUACACGCGGCUCCUUGGACGUCGGACGUUGACAGCUCUACGCCACGUGACUCGACACCGUCGCAUGCAUCGUGAGUUGGUCGCGCGAGCGCUGCAAAUGCACCGGGGGAACGUACAUCGUCGGCAUUGGCAGGUGUGGAUGGAUUAUGUCCACCGUCGACGACGGCGAAACGAAUGGCUGGCACGCGCCGAGUCGUUUGUGGAGCGAAAACGACUGACCACGGGACUGCAUUGGUUGUGGGUACGACGGCAACUAGAUAAGGCAUCUCGUGUGAAGCUGCGCCAAGCGCUGGUGUGGCGGCAUCGCCACGUGCUGCAAUGCCAUUGGCGGACAUGGCGCGCCGUCGUGCGCGUCACUGUCGACCACCGCCACGCCGUCAAUUGGUUCUGGACUCACCGUCGUCGCAUGCCACUUCUGCGGCGGUGGUUUCGGGGAUGGCAGCAGUUUCGCCAUUGCGUUCAGGCACAGGACUCGGCCGACGCACUCCUCCGAAGCACCCGGUUGACGCAGACGUGGGGGCACUGGGUCCAUGUCGUCGCCACAACCCACGCGAGUCGACGCUUGCACUUCCGUCGGCGGCAUCGGACUGUUCGCCGAACGUUCCGCUGGUGGAACGCAUGGACCCGCGUCCAUCAACUCCGCCAAGUGCAGACACAAGCGGCGGCUAAAGUCGCGAUCACACAUGUUCAGAGGCGCCAGUUUCAAACGUGGCGAGACGGCGUCGCCCGUCGGCGGUUCAUCUUGCAACGGGGCAUCGUAAUAACCAACACCCACGCCAGCCAACUCGUGGGCAGAGCGUAUGCCAUUUGGCGGUUGCGGUUCGUGCAACAUCAACUGGCCCAGACACAUUUCGCGGCAACAUGGAGUCGUCACCUCCGUGGAAUCCUGAUGACGUGGCGCGCUGUGGCAGACGGACGGAAGCGCUUGGCCGCGAUGCUCUGGAGUCGCCGACAUCGCCGCCAACUUGCCGUGUGUGUGCUAGUGUUUGCCGCAUGGCGACGAACUCAUUUGCGACGGCGGCAGAACGCGCUCGCUCGAUGGAUUAGAUGGCAACGAAGAUGCCGCCCCAUGUGGCGACGGUGGCUGGGGGUGUAUAAGCUGCAGCUCCUGUUUCGUCGGUGGGGAGCCUACGCCCGCGACUGCCGGUCGACUUUGCGAGUCACGGGUCGGCACCUACGGCUGUUCCGCGAGGGACAAGCGGGGGCUCGUCAAAUCUCCACGUUUCGGCGGUGGUGUGUCUACGUCGAUGCCAUUGCCGUCCGUCGGCAUGAGUACAUGGCAACCAAGCGGCAGUGCUUGAUCCAUGUCCAAGCCGCGGUCCGCCAGCGCAGAUUGGCAGACAUGUAUGCCCUGUAUCGGCACUUCCACGCGUUUUGCAACCGCGUGGCCCAACCCCAGCGAAUGGCCGACUGGUUUUGUCUCCACCGCGUGGGCCUGCGGUGCCUGAAGGCGUGGUGGAGAGCGGUGCUCAUGCAAAAGCAAACGCAGCUGCUGCGAGCUACUCAGAUCAAAAUGGCCAAGCAGCCGCAACGGACGACGACGACUUCCUCGUCAUAUACAGCUCGACAGCGCGAGAUUCAAGCCAUGUCGGCCAAGUUGAAGUCGCAAAGUAGUCAAGUUACACCGCCGUCUCGGAAGUACCCUCCAUUACAGCCCCCUCCUUCCCCGACGACCAAGACAGCAAAGCGAUCUACUGCUGCUUCUUUGAGCUCUGGUUUGCCACACAAGCCCAGAUCCCCUCGACAUAGUCAGAAGACAAGUGAACCGUCGUCCAGUGGGAGGCCACUUGAGUUGACUCACACAACGCUUCGAACAAAUGGCACUUCAGCAAUGACGACAAGAACGGCAAAGGUCAAGUUGCACAAAGAUAUGAGAAAAGACAGCAAAAUUAGUCCAAUCGCGACUGCCUCCACAGACCAGCCUACCACCAAAGUGCCAGUGUUGUCGGGCGACGAUUCAAUCGAGGUGGCGUCGCCACCUAGUUCCCCCAUCGACUGGAAUGGAGCGAAUACGGUUGCAAGUAUGACCGGUGCUCGUUCGAAUGGUGAUAAUCCAAACGAUAUGUUUGAGUCUUUGGAUGCUAUGUGUCCAACUGAACCCUGUGACGAGGUGCAACCUAACGCGCCCUAUGAAACCCACACGUACGACCGCCAGCUUUCCUACAGCUGCACCAACUUGGACAACUCCAUUCCAGAUUCGUGGACAGAAAGUCCUCCACACCAAGCACAAAUCGAAGCAUUGGAGUGCUCGCCCCAUACCAUGGAAUCGACAUUUCGUUCCGAAUCACCCCCACCAGUACAAAGUCGCCCCGUUCCCAACGACAAUCCCACAGCUCCCGACUUGGUGUCGUUGGCAUGUGACGAUUCCCAUCAUUGGGCGGACGACUUCAUCGGGACGCCGGAAGCUGCUUCCCCAGUCAACCUCGCUCCUGUGGACUCCCCCCCCCCUGUAUCCCCUUGUGUACCCCCACCAGUCGUGACCUGGAAUGAGUGCAUCUCAGACGUGUUCCAUCACUAUUUGACCUUUCCCCCCAUCGAUGGCUUGCCCGUGGCAGGCCAACGCGCCGUGCGCCUCUUUGACUGCGUUCGGAUGCUAGGAUGGAUGUACAACGACUUUUCGUUCCACGAGUCCAAGCGCAUCCUCGUUCGCGCCCUCCUCCAUCCGCCGAAUUCUUCGCCAUCCCACAACAUCACUCUGGACUUGGCCACGUUUUGCAGGUACUUGGACCUGGUGGCCCAACAUCGGUCGGCUCUGCAAGUGGACACGUUCACAAAAACCCAGUCAAGUAGAUUCCAUGACCUCGACUGUACCUACGACGCCAUGCCCGCCCUCGCCACGUGCCGCCACCUGAAGCGGCUCUUGAUGAUCAAAACACCCGUCGCGUUGCUAAGCAACUUUACGACCCCGCCGACCAUGCUGGUGGUGCACGUGCUGCGGCUGAUAGAGCAGCACCGCAAGUUGCUGCGGUCGUUCUUCAUGGCUCCAUGUUUGAAACGAAUCGGGACCACGGGGGGGGGGACCAUGCUACGCCACGCUGUGGUGACCAAGGACGAGUUUGUGUCGAUUGCGAAGUCCUGCCACAUCUUUCCCAUGUUUUUCACGCGGCGCGAGUUGUCGUCAAGCUUUGACUUGUCCAGUUCGGUGGCUGAAGGGCUGACGUUUCCCGAGUUUAUCGAGUGCCUUUUUCGAUGCUCGGCCCGAUUUUUCAGUCUGCGGCGGCACCACGACGGGGGAGAAACGCAGGAAGUGGCCGACAAGUUUGAAGCGCUCGUGAUGGCUAUGGACGGCCACGGGUCUGUGUUGCAGAAACACUCGAUAGUGGACCCCGCGGCGCAAUUGGAACGGCUCGACCGCGUGCAAAAAGGAGCGCAACUGGCCAGACCAACGCGCCUGCGACCGAAAGCAGCAGCAGCCCCCCCCUACGUUUAUCAGCCCAGUCCUCUCGACGCCGUCUACCGCCCGCCACCUCGCGUGGAAGUGCCGAUCAUGGAGAAAGCCCUGCGGAAUGCGCAACUCAAGUUCUUGCGGGGCAAAUAUCCCGCCAUUUAAUGGAGUCUUUACAGUCGCAAACACUUGCAUAGUACAGCAUGAGAUUGCUUCGACUCAGCAAACGUCGAUGUAGUGGCCUUUGUCCGACAGCAUGGAUGUAGGCAUGUGGACUGGUUGCAAGUACACACGUGUGGCGGCUCUUCUAGUAAGAUCAGCAUGCUCUGGAAUCGCAAGCCACGGUGCCGG